CGACAAACUACCAACAAGGCUAAGUACUUGGUAACUCUAACUUAUUCUAGGACGAACCAAGAAAGACAAGCAGAGGAAACCUCGGAUAUUUCUGUCGCUACUAAACGGCUCACGCCAUCACCAACACCAACUCUCAACUAUCCAUGACUAAAGGACUUCUGUGUCCGAUCCUGCAUCCUCCAUGACCGUUGGCCCCUGAAGCCAGCAUUAGCAUAAGCGGCGCAUCUGCAACAUCCGAACUCUCGAGGCCAGCUAGGCCCAACACCAUUCUUUCACCGCGAACACGAUGAGCGCUCAGGAACCGCCUGUUCCGCCGGCUGUUGCGGAAUCUUUCAAUUUGGGUACGGAGGGGAGGUUAGAUGUGCGGAAUGAACAGCCGCAGCGUAGAUCGAUGUCCUCGACGGCGCGUUCGUCGUUGAAACUGAGGAGUAGAGGGGGGUUUAAGAAGAGUAUGGGUUUGGAGAAUGUGGCGAGGAGGACGUUGGGUAUUUCGCUUUUGCUUGCGACGGUGUUUUUGUGGACUAGUUCGAAUUUUCUGGCUUCUGUAAGUCCAAGUCCUUUUCCAGUUCCGAGGGAUGGGGAGGGAAUGGGGAUGGUGGGUACAUCGGAUGUGAAUGAAUGAAUACUGAUGAAAGGCAUAUGCAUAGUACAUUUUCGCGGAUGAUUCGUAUUCUAAACCGUUUUUUGUCACGUACAUAAAUACCUCUUUCUUUGCCAUAUCUCUGGUCCCGAUUAUGUGGCGGAUAAUACGGCGAGAUGGGAUGGCGCACUUGAAGUCCUCGACGAUUGACUACUGGCAUGGAAGAGGGGGGCAUGCAUACGAAGGGGUAGCAACCAAGACCGGGAAUGGGGAUGAGGAAGCAGAAGAUCCCAUGUCCGCCUCGGAAACUCGACUACUAGUCGACUCAGAAGACGCCAAUGGACCAGCUUUAAGCAUGUCCGGAGAUCCUAUACCACCAGAAGAGGCACAACUAAACGUCCCCGAAACGGCACGACUGAGUUUGGAAUUUGCUUUCCUCUGGUUCAUAGCAAAUUACCUUGUCGCAGCAUGUCUAGAAUACACCAGCGUAGCCUCCUCCACAAUCCUCAACUCUAUGAGCAGCAUCUGGACGCUCAUCUUCGGCGCCAUGUUCCGCGUCGAAGCAUUCUCCUACAAGAAACUGAUAGGGGUUCUCGCCUCCCUUACAGGAAUCAUACUAAUCUCCUCCGUGGACCUAAGCGGGGAAAACAACGACGAGAACCGCGGGAAUUUCCCACAUAAAACCAAGAACCAGAUCGCAAUUGGGGAUGCGAUGGCAUUUGGGAGCGCGAUCAUGUAUGGUGUUUAUGCGAUUGUCAUGAAGAAACGAAUUGGCAAUGAGGAUCGAGUCAACAUGCCUCUAUUUUUUGGACUGGUGGGCUUAUUUAAUUGCUUGCUGCUUUGGCCGGGAUUCUUUAUCCUGCAUUUUACUGGCGUGGAGGAGUGGGAGAUGCCACCUACGGGGAAGAUCUGGCUUGUUGUUUUGGUAAUUUCUCCCUCUCAUACCCCUACCAUUUUCUUCAUACCCUCACCUAUUUCCCUCAUACCACCCCCCCAACAAUCCAAAAACUCCUCAAAAGACUAACCCGAUUCCAAGGCCAACUCCCUCUCCUCCUUCGUCAGCGACUACUGCUGGGCCUACGCGAUGCUCCUCACCACCCCCCUCGUCGUCGCGGUCGGUCUCUCAAUGACCAUCCCGCUCUCCCUCAUCGGACAGAUGAUCCUUAGUAAACAGUAUUCGAGCGCCCUCUACUGGGUCGGGGCCGGCAUCGUGCUGCUUAGUUUCUUGUUUGUGAACCAUGAGAGUAAGGAUGAGGAGGAGGAGGGGGCGGGAGCGGGGAGAACUAGAGAUGCUGGGGAGGGUGUGUGAUUUUUGCGUCUGAUAGAGGGAAGAUAGGUAUAGGUAGAUGGGGAGAGGGGGGAAGGGGACAGGGGAAGGAGGGGAGGUUAGAAAGAAAGAAAGUUGACGAUGAUUGGUAUAAAUCCAUGCAUUUUUGGGAUUUCAAGGGACUUAAUCUUUUUCGGGAGCUUUGUUUGUUGUAUAGAUUGGAUGGCGUAUGGGUUUUAUGGCAUGACAUGGGAUGCAAUGGAUGGCCCUAGGAGUUUUUUUUGUUUUGUGGCAAAAAUCAAAUUCCUUCUACUGCUUGCUACUUUUGUCGUGGAAACUUGAUGGGUUUUGUUGGUUGUGAUGAGUGAUUAGAGUGAC